GGUACACAUUUGUGUAGAUCUAACAUCUGCCCUCGAUUACCUUUCGUGUGUUUUAGCUCAUUGAGAUAUAAAACACAGCAAUGUCUCAUGUGGAAGGAAUUGCAUACGACUACUGAAAUUAACUUAAAGUUAAGUAAAAUGGACCACAGUGCCUAAUUUCGGAUUUCUGACACAAUUGUUGAUACCGUUGAUUUAUAAGCUGUGGGAGGAUAUUGAUGUGUGGAUUAAACCUGUUUCAUGCGAAUGGGAACAUUAUGGAAACUAUUGCAUAUACAAUGGCCAGCAUUCGUCCAUAAUUAAGGAUCAUUAACCAAGAAAAUCUAAUAGGACUUUUAAAAACGAUGCUAAGAAGCAAAUAUUGACUAUUCUCACCUAAAUAAGCAAUUGGCUAAAAGGAAGAGGAAAUUAAAGCAAAUGAUCAAAUAAUGGAGAAAUAAUAAAACCAGCAUAAAGAGAAAUACUCAUGUCGAGGAUAGGUGUUUUGCAAUAUCAAUACAGGGCCUGAGAUGUUUGUAAGCUUAACCUUUGAAGACAACUAACACACAGUUGGAGCCCGUGGAUAUUUUGGGCAAUGCGAAAGUAAUCUCAAGAGGAUACCAAGAUGCAGAAAAAAAAGUGGCACUCGAAUGGAAACUAAAUGCAUUUUAUAUGGAUUACAUGAAUAAAGGCAGAAAUAUACCAAAUAGAAUGAUAAAAAUGUCCAUGCUUGUGUGUGCAUUCUGUUUUUGUUGUCUGACGACUUUUACACAAUCAGAGGCCUCAAAGAUAGUGAAAAUAGCAGCUAUUAUUCCCGAAGAUAAUGCCAGACUUUUCAGUAUUUCAAGGGUUGCCCCUGCUCUGGAUUAUGCCAUUCUUAAAGUCUAUAAUGAGAGCAUACUGCCAAAGGGAUAUAAACUUGAUGUUAAAUACGCAGAUUCGAAGUGUAAUGGGAAAGAUGCCCCCAUUGCUGCCUUUGACUUUUACAUGCAAAACAUGGUGAAUGUUUAUUUCGGACCAUGUUGUGAUUACGCAUUGGCUCCCAUAGCAAGGUAUUCCCCGCACUGGAACAUUCCCACCAUCUCUCCCGGUGGUUUUGCUCAUGACUUUGGGAGAAAAACUGGCAAAACGGCUGAAUUUGAUUUACUCACACGAGUAGGGGUAACUUUUCAAACCCUAUCAGAGUAUUUGAUUACACUAAUCACGCAUUUUGACUGGCAUAAGAUGGCUGUUCUUUAUACUUCCAACGGUCAUGGGACAAUUAUGGAUAGGUUUUGUUACCUUGCUGUGAGUGCACUUCAAUCAUACAUUCUCGAAGUUGGAUCCAAGAUCAAAUCAUCUCGUUUCAGGCUUUUUCUUGAAAAACACAAUUGGAGGGAUUUUCUUAUUUCAGAGGCUGCUAAUUAUUCUGGUGAGUCAGAGUUUUUAUCUUGUUAUGUCCUGGAUUUAACAACGUAUUUAUCCUUGUUCGCGUAUUUCCUUCACAUUGUGUAUAGAGCUACAGGUAAGAAGUGGGAACAACCUUUGUUUAAACACGACGUUAUCGAGAUGUGAUAUCCUUUGCAAAAGCUCGACUUUGCCCAUACUCUUAAAAAGUAAGAUAAUCUUUGAUCAAAUCAAAUUAUACUAUGAUAAUGGACAAACAGAAAUUCAUUGCACUUUAUUUU